CUUGCGGACUGGAGAUCAUCCCGAUGGACAUCUACAAAAUCUACAAGGUUUGGCUUCCGAUGCAGACGCAGUGCGCCUACUGCAUGCAUUGCGUCUUCAUCGUCCGAUUGACGAGCGAUCAGAGACGCAGGGUGGCACCGCCGGUCGGAAGGUUCGCGGGAAAAUUGAAGUGGGUGACGGUCGCCGACAUCGGCAAAUACUACAAGCAGGAGGCGAUCUGCAGUCCCGUCCUGCUCGAGCUGUACCCGAAGGAGUGCGAGCACGGCGGCGGCGACAAGUUCUAUCCGAACGAGACGCAGAUCACGAAGCUGCUCAUCGAGGUACCGGACAAGCUCAGCUUCGACGGUCUGGGUAAUUACGAGUCGACGCUGGAGGCGUCCGGUCUGAAGGUGUACCAGUGCACCAUAUACAGGGAGUUCCUGCACAUGUGCUAUCCGAACUUCCUGAUGUCUCCGUCGUGCUUCUGCAAAUCCCUGCUCGAGAUGGGCGUACCGCGCGAAGAUACCAUCUUCAUCUUUCGAGCGGCCGACAUGACCAAUCGCAAGUUCCUCUCGUUCAAGGACUACAUCUGCAUCCUGGCAACGAUGGAGCCGUCCACCAAUCACGGAGGCAUCUCCGGGGAGGUCCGAUGCAGAUACAUCUUCAGAUUCUUCGACAGAGACCGAGACGGUCACAUCAACUACAAAGAGCUCAAGGAUUUCGUCAUUUACAUGCGAAAGAACAAGGGUCUUGCCGUUGAUCCGACAAGUGUUGAGAAGGAGCAGAAAUCGUACAGUCUCGCUUUGAACGUGACUCCCAACAAAUCCAUCAACAUGAUCGAUUUCCUGAAGAUGGCCGGAGAGCUGAGGAUCAGAGGAUUAUCGCAAGUGUUAAGAUUCCCGCGCAGCCUCAAGGUCUACUACCAAAACUCUAUGGACAAGGCUGAUAGCAAAGGCAAAGCGGACGAGACGAAGCUGCUCAGCAUGGAAGUUCCUCCGAAGAGUAAGGUUGCUAGUGCUUACGCGAAGUGCGCCGAUUUCCAAAUAGCCGCGCACACUAUCCGCAUUCGCAAGAGCGGCACCAUGAUCAAUCUGGAGGCGAUGUGGAAUAUCAGAGACGUGUGCAGCGAUACGACGCUUCAGCAGGCGAAUAUUAACGCGGAUUCGAGACGUCUGUCGUGCGAGAUCAACUCGCAGGAUUCCGUCUGCAACGAUCUCAUUCGCAGCUUGAGGCAUCUAGUGAACGUGAACAAGAUGAAGAGCGGGAAUCGUGGUAAUAAGAGGGACACGUAUACCUGGGGUCCCAUCGAUAAGAACAUGUUCGCUCAGAAGCUGAUCGAAGUGUGCAAGAGGGCGAGGGAGUUGCUCAAGAAGGAGGCGCGUCUGCUCGAUCUUCAUUCACCCAUAUACAUCUUGGGUGAUUUUCACGGGAACUACGGCGAUUUGCAGUACUUCGAGAAGAUGUUCUGGCCCCUGUGUCCGGGCUUCUGUCCGUGCGGCCUCCUCUUCCUCGGCGAUUACGUGGAUCGGGGAUUGUACGGGCUGGAGGUGAUCACGUACCUCUUCUGCUACAAGGUGCUCUACCCCAACAAGAUCAAUCUGAUUCGUGGAAACCAUGAGAUUCGGGACAUCCAGAGGGUCUUCACGUUCCACGGCGAAUGUCUGUUCAAAUUCGGGGAAAAGGUAGGUGAGCAGGUGUGGGAGAACAUCAACACGGUGUUCGACACGAUGCCCCUCGCCGGAAUCAUCGAUGGAAAGAUCUUCUGUUGCCAUGGCGGCAUCCCACCUCCGUGGCUGUGUCCCAUAGCAACGGCAAUCAAUAACAUCCCGAAUCCGCUGCCGCAGCCCGACAUCCAGAGCUCGCUCGCCUGGGAGCUGAUGUGGAACGACCCGAUCAAGGAUUGCCACAUCACGCCGGAAGUGGACGUAGAGUUGAAGGCGAACGACGGAUUCGCGAUGAACGUUCGACGUGGCACCGCGCACGUCUUCAAUUGCGACGGUCUGGAGAGGUUCCUCAACAUCAACGGCUUCUCUCACGUCGUCCGGGCGCACGAGAUGGUCAUCGCCGGAUACAACGUAUUGCACAAGGGUAAGCUGCUAACAGUCUUCUCCACGUCCAAGUACAACAACCAGAACAACGAGGCCGCCUGCAUCCUGGUGGACAACGGGAAGAUGCGGAUGAUGCGUCUGGAGCCGUCGGUGUAAUUGAUCGAUCGCCAUCGCUAAAU